AUGCCCGCCCGAACAUUACCCAUCUUCACUGCAGAGGAGAUCAAGCAGCAUACAUCUGCGAAGUCUUGUUAUGUCCUUCGUGGCUCGAAGGUUUACGAUGUCACCUCCUUUGUCGAUGACCACCCCGGUGGCGGAGAUCUGAUACUUGAGUAUGCUGGCAAAGACGUGGACGAGAUCAUGGGCGACAUCGUCUCGCAUCACCACAGUGAAGCUGCAUAUGAGAUCUUGGAUGAAUGUCUCGUUGGCUUCCUCGAGGAAUCACAGGCAAACGGGUCAAAGGGUCUUCCGAACGGCUCAGGCGCUAAACUUACAAAACCAGUCUACAAGUCUACUGGCCUCUCCAGUGAGGAAGAUCUCAGUGUCGAAACUGACAUUGCGUCUGACUAUAAAACGCACAAGUUCCUCGAUCUUAGCAGACCCUUAUUGAUGCAGCUAUGGAACGGCGGAUUUUCCAAGAAAUUUUACCUUGACCAAGUCCACCGGCCGCGGCAUUACAUGGGUGGUGAUUCUGCACCCCUGUUCGGAAACUUUCUAGAACCACUCAGCAAGACUGCCUGGUGGGUAGUGCCAACUCUGUGGCUGCCAUGCGUUGCGUAUGGGACUUUCCUGGGCAUGAGUGGUAUUGCAGUUGGCAUUGGUGCCUUGUACUGGAUCGGAGGCCUUUUGCUAUGGUCCUUGAUUGAAUAUGGCAUGCACAGGUGUCUCUUCCAUAUAGACGAUUACCUCCCGGACAACCGAGUUGCUUUGUGUCUCCAUUUUCUGCUCCAUGGCAUCCAUCACUAUCUCCCCAUGGACAAAUACCGCCUCGUCAUGCCGCCUACAUUAUUCGUUGUCCUAGCUACACCAUACUGGAAAUUUGCGCACUUCGUUUUUUCUUACAACUGGUAUGCGGCCACUUUGGUCUUUUCUGGUGGUGUGUUUGGAUAUAUCUGCUAUGACUUGACUCACUACUUCUUACAUCACCGAAAUCUCCCAUACUACUACAAGGAACUAAAGAAGUACCACCUCCAACACCAUUUUGCCGACUACGAGAACGGAUUCGGUGUCACCAGCCGGUUCUGGGACAAGGUGUUUGGCACUGAACUCCCACCUCUCGCUCCCGCAAAGAUUGAGUAG